AUGAAGGAGGGGAGCGGGAGGCCGAGCGACGCGGAGCGGAUGCGGAGCGCCCGGUGCGGCUCCCGGUGCAGUUCCGAGUGCCGGCGGGCGGUGGCCCCCGCGCCGUGCUCAGCGCCGGGAGCUCCCGGCACCGAUCGCGCGUCCCCUUCCGCCGGGCAACCGGGGCUGCCCGCGCUGCGCGGGUAUCACCUCGCGGUGCGGCAGCGUGGCCGCUCCCGGCCUGCCCGGCCCGGGCCUCCGCCGCGGACUCCCCGGGCCCGGCCGGUACUGGGGGCGCGGGGGGGAGCAUCAGUCCCCCGCUCUCGCCCAGUGCGCGUCUUCUGUUCCAGGCACAACAGCUGGGAACCCGAGGAGAACAUCCUUGAUCCGAGGCUCCUCCUCGCUUUCCAAAAAAAGGAACAUGAAAAAGAAGUGCAGAACCGCAAGAGAGGCAAGCGGCCACGAGGCAGGCCCAGGAAACACGUGGAACCAGAGAUGCCUUCGAAAAGUAAGUCGAGCAGCUCCUCUUCCUCAACGUCCUCCUCCUCCUCCUCCUCUGAUGAAGAGGAUGAAAGUGACCUGGAAGCAAAGAGAGGUCCCCGCAGCAGGGAGACCCACCCGGUGCCGCAGAAGAAAGCUCAGAUCCUGGUGGCAAAGCCAGAAAUGAAGGACAGUUCCAGAAAGAAGCGUGGGCGGAAACCUCUCCCCCCGGAACAGAAAGCGGCUCGAAGGACCGUGAACCUGACGAAGGUGCUGAAAACGUCCCGGAAAGAGGUGGGGGGCAGCAGCAAGCUGCUGGGGAAGCUGCAGCCGCAGCACAGCACACAAGGCUCAGGGCUGGCUGGGCUGAAGGAGCCACAGGGCGCGCUGGCCGGGCUCAGCUCCGGGGGAUCCUCGGCUGAAAACCUCCCCAGCGCGAUGAAGAGCGGCUCCAGCAGCCCCAGCCGGGCCAUCAGCUGGCAGAGCUCCAUCGUGCAUUACAUGAACAGGAUGUCCCAAAACCAGAGCUCGGCUGAGACCUCGCUGCUGGGAAGGCUGGCGCUGAAGUCGCAGGCAUCCGGCAAAAGUGGCUUAGGGCUGGACUUAAAAAUGAGGAACCAGAAAGGAGCUGGGGAGCUGGGGCUGUCCAUGCAGGGAGCCAAGACCGCCAAGGUUCCUAGCAGCGGCGCUGGAGGGGAUCAGAAGUCGGGGUUCGCGGCGGGAGCCCAAAUGCUGCACAACGGCAGCAAGACGCCCACGAGCUCCUCUGUGCCCGGAGGGCAGCAGGCAUCCAGCCAGGAGCUGAACCUCCAAGCUUUAAACCUGCAGAGCGUCAAAAACGGGCAGAGUGCGGCGGGCGGGAGCAGCCUGCCUCGCCACGCCUGCAGCACCGUGCCCAAAAGCAGCGCUGCAGCCGUGGGCUCGGGUCCUGCUGGGUCAAAGGGUGGCGGAACCGGCGCCGGGUUGAACGCUGCCGGUGUGGGAGACGGCGGCAAGAGCGAGAAGCAGGCACGCAGGGCGGGCGCUGGUGACAGGGACGUGGCCAAGGGUGGCACAGGUGGUGGUGGGCAGGAGGGGCACGCGGCCCCCGAGAGCCGCAAGGCGGCUGCCCUCUCUGAAAUGAGUACGGGCGACGAGAGCAGCUCGGACUCGGAUCGGGAUUCGGCUUCCUUUCCCGGCGUGGGUCAGAACAUGUCUGUCUCCAUCCAGACCAGCCAGGACUGGAAGCCCACCCGCAGCCUGAUCGAGCACGUCUUCGUCACGGAUGUCACCGCCAACCUGAUCACGGUGACGGUCAAGGAGUCCCCCACCAGCGUCGGGUUCUUCAAUGUACGGCAGUACUGAGCCGGAGAGGAGGGAGACGUCCUUCAGCCUCCCUCGUCCUUGCCCAGCUCUCCCACCAGCUUUUCAUUUCUUUAGGUACUGCCCCACAGCAGGGACUCGCGCAGUGACCCCCUGCCACCAGCCGCCCCGUGCCCCCCACCCCAUUGCAGGCAAUGCCAGCUCAGACCCUGCAGCACCUCACGGCCCCGGGACCCGCUGGGACCUGUGUGCAGAGGGUUGGGAAAGGCAGUGAAACCUGCACAGAAGUGCCAGCAGAUGAGAUGGGCCCCCCCCGCCUCCUCCAUCCAUCCGAGCCGGUGCCGCUCGCCGGGAUUAGGGGCGCUGGGAGGUGACAGCUGGCAAGUUCUGAGCCAGGCUUCACUGCACGAGGUUUGCUUUGCUUUAUGGCUUGAGAUGGCAGAGCGCGUGGUACGGGGCCUUGGCAGCGGGGAGAGAGGCGGAGGUGCCACGUGCCAGGCUUACGCUUGGGAGAGAAGAGGGCACCUCUCCUUUCCUCUGGGCAGCCCAAGCUGCCGGAGCAGCCACGAUCCAAAUGAGACGGCUCCCAGCGCCUCAGGGCCGCGGGGGGGCUGCGGGAUGGGGGUUUUUCAGGGUACAGGAAGCCCAGCCACCCCCCUGGGCUAGGUCAGUUCCAAUGACAGUGAAGGCCACGACGUCUCUGUUGUGGUUUCUAGCGGAGAAGGAAAUAUUGUUUACAUUUCUUCUUAAGGGAAAAUCCUUUUUUUAGAGGGAGGGGCACAAACGCAGUGUAGAUGAGCAGAUGUCGGGUCCGGCUGGUGCACUGCGCAGCCCCAGGGCCGCUCCUUGUCCCGGCACCGCACGCUCAGCAGCUCACAGGGACCCAGAGCUGGGCAGUGCCCGUCAGCCCCGUGCUCCCCAGCUGGAGGGCAGCGAGGUGCCUGGCACACAGAAAGCAGCAUGGCCCAGCUGGUGGCAUCCCACGGCCACCUCCCGUCCUGUGCCAGCACCUGGGCCGUUCACUUGGGCUUGUCGUCGCAACCAGUAAUGGCUUUCCUGCUGAAGUCUUUUUCCCUGCUGUAGAUUAUUCUUCCAAGCCAAAAUGAACAGCAGUAGUUCAGGCAGAGUUUAAUAGGGUUUGAGGUCAUUUUUGUUCUGUUCACGCCAUACUCCUUCUCCGGAGAUGGCGCAAAGCCUGCAGCCUGCCAGGUCUCUGGGUACGCCCAUGGAAAGUGCUUCUGGGGCUGCGCUGUGUCCACGGGGAUGGCAUCGCAUUGCUGCAGACGGGGGGCACUGCAGAGAGAUGCGAGCACCAGGUAUCCCUGUAACACCCGGGGCUCCCUGCCCCACACACCAAAUGUUUGCUAGUUGGCCUUUUGCAAAUCCAGACUGAACGACCAUGUGCCUUUUGCAACUGUCCUUACUUCUGUGUCUGUGACACCGCUCCUACGACAGGUUUGUGCCUAUGCAAAGCUGGGUGGCGCCAGGGUCCUGGGGACAGCCGUGACACCAGCAUGGGACACCCGGUUGAGCUGUGACGCUGUGUCAUGGCUGCUGACGAGGGGAAGGCCCAUGGGGAUGCUCCUACAUGGGGCUGCUGUCCCCUCCAUCCCCGUGUCCCCUCGGUGGCAGCAGGACCCUGCCAUCACCGCUUUAGCUCUUGUGCCUUUCUGCUCACCAGCUGGUUCAAUUCCAAAGGUGUAAGGACGGGGAAAAUCAUAAUCCAGAAUUUUUUCUAACCCUUCAUCUCAUCCCACGCUCCCCCCUCUCCCCCCCGUCACCAGUCCCCUGCCGACCUCACGUGUGUCCGAGCAGAAGGUCCGUGCUGGUGGCUGCCUCCCGUGGGGGGGUCUCGUGGGACCGAGCGCAGCUUUGGUGGACGGAGGUCGGAGCUGGCGCGGGCCACGUCCACCACUCAGUGCCAUUAGUAUUCACGGUCUCCCUUCCUAUUUUUUUAUUUGGAGUUUGCUGCUAUGGGUUUGAGCGUUCAGUUGUACGUCAAACAACCAAUUAAAGGUUUGUCACUUGGCAUUUCCUAAGGGCUUUCCGACGUGGAAAGUCCUGCAGUAUUUGUAUAUUGAAUGGAUAUUUUCUCCGGGCAUAAUCUGGUUAAGUAUGCUUGUUGUUUUCCAUUGGACUGGAAGGAGCAGCCGACACGGCCACCGUCCUUAGAAGCCUAGUCUAUUUUUAUAUAUAUAUUUUGUACCAAAAAAAAAAAAAGGAGUCGGCGGAGGGAUGGGGAUGGAUUCGAGGGAUUCCGAUUGCUCUGAGCUCUGAUCUGGGUGUGAAGGGCUGCGGAGGUGGAGAGAAAGGUUUUGAGGAGAGAAGCGGAGGGAUGGGUGAAAACAAACAUUUGUCCUUGUAACUCACGCCAGUCGCCGGCCUGAUUUGUAUGUUUUAAUUAAAGAGAGAGCCAAAUCGU